AUGCAGAACAAUCAGCCGCCUUGCGGCCCUGGAGGCCCGGGCCCGCCAAUUUACUAUACGCCAGCUCCUCCAAACCACCAAGCCCAAUAUAUCGCGUACCCUCAAGGUCCCCCACAAGACCAGGGUUAUUUUGCGCCCUACAAUUCGGUGCCGCCUCAGAGCCAAGCACCGCCGCCUCCAAGCAACCUCGCCGCGGCUCCGCAAUAUGGCUUCACUCCACAAGCACCGCAAUUCUACAAUCCGCAACCAGGCUACGGCCAGGAUCAAAACUAUCAUGCUUUGCUGGGCCACAAUGCUCCGCAAAACUUUAACGCUCCGCCAAGUCACGGCGCUUCGCAAAACUAUACCGCUCCGCAAAAUUAUCACACUUUGCAAAACCAUAACGCAGCGCAAAAUUUUAAUGCUCCGCAAUAUUACAACGCUACACAAAAUUACAACGCUCCUCAGAAUUGCAUCAGCGCGCCAAGCGAUGGCUCACAGCCUAGCUAUAACAACGCACCGAACUAUGGUCAACAGCAGGGCUAUGGUCUACAACGCUUGACUCCCCCGGGGCCACAGUCAUCUUAUACUGUUUCUGGGUCAGAUCAACACGCCGAGCUCGUCGUGGCAUCCCACUCGGAUGAUUCAAGGCUCAAUAGUCCUUCUCUCGACACAGCUGCAGCUUCGACCAUGUCAGCCACAGAGCCCGUCGGGUCUGUAGGCUCUGAGGACGGUCCCACAUUGGCUGGAGCUCCUUCUCCGCCAGCUUCAGAGUUCGUCGAACCUGGAGGACACGAGGAUGGUAUCUCCGUCUCUGAUGGCUCUAUGUCUGAAACUCAACAAAGCCAGCAGGAUUCGUACUACCUCAGACGCUUCAGGGACUUUGGCAGAUUUCUCGACCCAAGGAACCCAUACUGCUUCCUGGAGGGCGAUUUCGGCUACGAGGAGCACAUCGAGAGAAUUCCUUGUUUCAUUUGCGCUAAUCACUUCAGCGGCAUCGGCAGAGCAGGUGGCCAUUGUGAAGUCAAGAACUGUCCUUACAACCACAACGUCUCCGUGGAAAUGCUUGAUGAGUAUGCAGAGUCUUGUCCGGACUUCUGGUACCAUAUGAUCGCAUCCAUCAACCGCCGAGCCUGGCAUUCGCGACAAGGCAAUGGCCGUUACGCGAAGAUACGGAUUUCCCAGAUGAAAAUCACGUAA